AUGUCACAAGGACCACACGGGCCUGGGGUCAGAACCAGCUCCCACAGCACGUCCAGGUCCUCGAGCACUGAACUGCGGUCGAGAACAGGAGCAGUGGUGAUUGAUACGGGCACGUGGAGCUGUAAAGCAGGGUUUUCUGGACAGCAGACACCCAUAGUGGAAAUCAACACCCCAGUGGGCAUCUCCUCAGGGUCAGGAGAAGACAGGCCCAAGGAUUUCACUGGAGAGCAAGCCUUGCUUUGCCCCGACACUGAAAUUACCGAGCCGAUACAGAACGGUGUCUUCAUCAACUGGGAUGAGGUCGAAACCCUGUGGCAGCAUCUGUUUGACCAUGAGCUUCAGGUCCCUGCUGACGAGUAUGCUUUGCUCAUCACUGAGCCCCCGCUCAGCCCCACCACCCACCGAGAGAAGAUGAUAGAGAUUGCGUUUGAGUCGCUGGGCUCCCCUGUUUUUUUUGUUGCCGAGCAGCCUCUCCUCUCCACCUACGCCAAUGGCAGAACCAGCGGUUUGGUGGUGGACGUGGGCUACGCAGCCAGCCACACCGUGCCAGUCCAUGAGGGCUACAGCUUGGCACAUGCUACCAAGAGGAUGGAACUAGCAGGGUCACACCUCUCCUGGUACUUGAUGAUGCUUUUGGAGGACCUGGGGUACACGCUCAGCAACAAGAUGGCCCAUAUAGUGGAAGACAUCAAGCACAAGUGCUGCUACGUUGCUUCCAACUUUGAGAGCGAGUGCCAGCUCCCACCAGUCAGCUGCACCCUGGAUUUCCCCCUGCCUGAUGGCCAGACCAUCAGCCUCAGCAGGGAGAGGUUUGAAUGCCCAGAAAUACUCUUUAACCCUCCAUCAAACUGGGGCAUUUCCUACAUGGGCAUCCACGAGAUGGCCCACAGAAGCCUUGACAAAGUGCCUGAAGAUAUCAGGUCGAUCACGUACAAAAAUAUUCUCCUGUGCGGGGGGUCCUCUCUCUUUGAGAGACUAGAGAGAAGGUUUUGCAGCGAGUUCCUCCAAAGCCUGCCACCCAGCACUGAGGUUGGGGUUGUCGCCACACUGCUGCGGAGGUACUCAGCAUGGAUAGGGGGGUCCAUCCUCACCUCCCUCAAGAACUUCCAGACAUGGUGGAUCCGACGGGACGAGUAG